GGGAGCGGGGUCCCUGCGGGAGGCAGCUCCCUGAGCAGCCCCGGAGCGUUCAUCGCCUCACGUUAAUGGCCGUGUUUCUCUCUCUGCCCCGUCCUCCUCUCUCGGCUCCCAGGAGCUCGCUGCAGUUGGUGCCGGGGGAGCAUGAAGUGCCGCGCGUGUCGCUUCGUGUCCGGGGAUGGUUCUCGCGGUUCUUGCAGCCAGUGCGGGGCCCGGCUGGCGCCCGGCAGCGGGCACCAGGAGGAUCCAGAAAGAAGAGAGGUGAAGCUCACUCCAGUCCCUGAUACAGGAGCAAAGGUGAAGGGAGAAGGGACUGAUGAGCCUUCUACUAUGGAGCCAAGUGAUUCUGAGGGAGGAUUGCUGAUGGAGAACGCAAGAGCUCUCAUCAAUACCUCAAUGACCACACCUGAAUGUGCUGUAGGUGGGCCUCCUUCCUUUGCUGAAACACAGGAGGAGGAGGGAGCAUCGCUGCUGGAGGGUGCAACAGCUCCAAGUGAUACCUCAAAGGCUGCGCCUCAGUCCGUGGCUGGUGAUUCUUUGGAGAAGUCACAGAAGAAGAAAAAGAAGAGGAAUAAAUCCAAGAAGGGCCCCUCCAGCUCUGAGGAGCAGGACUCUCUGCCUUCUCUGAGCACAGCACCAGCCGAAAGCCCAGAACUGCUGGAUGCCUGUGUGAUUCCCCAGGAAAUCCAAGGCCCGGGUGGUGAAGUAGCCAAAGCGGGUGCUGCUGUUUGUGCUGGGGACAGAGGAGGCACACGUGGAAGCGAGGAGGCCUCGUGUCACUUGGGAAGGGAAGCUGGAAGCCUGGAAGCAGUUGCAGAAGGCAGUCACCGGGACGUGGAUGUGCUGACCCCACUGAAGCAGAGCAGCACGGACAACGUGGCUGCCCCAUCUCCAAGCUCUGCGGCCCCAGAGGAGAAGGUGGAGGGUGGAAGCACCACAGGGUGUGGAGAAGUGGUCAGGGGUGACGUGGGAGGGGGCAGUCGUGCCCCUGAUGCUGGUCAGCUUCCAGCCACGAGACCAGAUUCCCAGCCCUCAGGUAGCAGCAAGAACCUGACCUCAACAGGGGCGAGAGCGAGCGCUUCCUCUGGGCCCUCUCCUGGUAUGGGAGCUCCUAAAAGCAAGUCUGCAACUGCUUGUGCUGGGCAUCAGAGUCAAGACGCAAAGACUCCACCUGUGGUCAAAAGCUCGCAGGCUGGGAAAGAUAGACCCGAGAGCAGGCAGAAAAAUGAAGAGACAAAGGAGAAAAAGAAGGUCCCAAGUGAGAAAAUGCAUGAGGUGACUGAGAAGGCAAGUGAGACCAAAGGACCUGAGGCUGCUCUCAUCAAUAUUUCAAUGACCACACCUGAAUAUGCUGUGAGUGGGCCUCCUUCCUUUGCUGAAACACAGGAGGAAGAGGAGGAGGAUGAGAAUGAGGGAGCAUCACUGCUGGAGGGUGCAACAGCUCCAAGUGAUACCUCAAAGGCUGCGCCUCAGUCCGUGGCUGGUGAUUCUUUGGAGAAGUCACAGAAGAAGAAAAAGAAGAGGAAUAAAUCCAAGAAGGGCCCCUCCAGCUCUGAGGAGCAGGACUCUCUGCCUUCUCUGAGCACAGCACCAGCCGAAAGCCCAGAACUGCUGGAUGCCUGUGUGAUUCCCCAGGAAAUCCAAGGCCCGGGUGGUGAAGUAGCCAAAGCGGGUGCUGCUGUUUGUGCUGGGGACAGAGGAGGCACACGUGGAAGCGAGGAGGCCUCGUGUCACUUGGGAAGGGAAGCUGGAAGCCUGGAAGAGGUUGCAGAAGGCAGUCACCGGGACGUGGUUGUGAUGACCCCACUGAAGCAGAGCAGCACGGACAACGUGGCUGCCCCAUCUCCAAGCUCUGCGGCCCCAGAGGAGAAGGUGGAGGGUGGAAGCACCACAGGGUGUGGAGAAGUGGUCAGGGGUGACGUGGGAGGGGGCAGUCGUGCCCCUGAUGCUGGUCAGCUUCCAGCCACGAGACCAGAUUCCCAGCCCUCAGGUAGCAGCAAGAACCUGACCUCAACAGGGGCGAGAGCGAGCGCUUCCUCUGGGCCCUCUCCUGGUAUGGGAGCUCCUAAAAGCAAGUCUGCAACUGCUUGUGCUGGGCAUCAGAGUCAAGACGCAAAGACUCCACCUGUGGUCAAAAGCUCGCAGGCUGGGAAAGAUAGACCCGAGAGCAGGCAGAAAGUGAGUCCUCCUGCUCCCAGGAAUGAAGAUGCAAAGGAGAAAAAGAAGGCCACAAGUGAGAAAAUACAUGUGGUAACUGAGACAGCGAGUCAGGCCAAAGGACCUGAGGUUCCCAGAAAGGGCGAAGCUUCAGUUGCAGCAGAGAGUCGCAAGGACAAGCAGCGGCAAAGGAACCAGCAACCUGCAGAUAAGACUAAAGAAAGUUCUCUGAGCAGAAGUGAUGGUGUCACAGUGUAUUUCCAUGCAAUAUUAUCCAGAGACUACAAACUAAACCCUGACACCCAAAAAGUGUUCAUCAGGGCUGAAGGCAUUUCCCCCUAUGCAGACUGGAGUGACAACAUUUGUGAGCUGAUCUGCACCAAGCAUCUAGGAGUACAUGGAUACCUCAUUGAAGGCACCGUAACUCUUGCAAAAGAAAAUCUGAAUAAAUCAAUUCCUUACAAGUACUGGGUUGCCUGUGGAGAAGGGGAGUAUGAGUUCAUUUACAAGCGCUCAAUAGGAAAUCACUAUGUGAAUCGCUGCUUGCUGAUAAGAAGCAACUUGCUCAACAGUGGAGAAUGGCAUCAGUAUGAUGAUAUUGUGUGCGCAAAGCCGUCUGUAAUGAAAAACUUCUGGAAUAUGCUUUCUCGCAAUGAAUAUAAGGAUGUGGUGGAAGGAAAGAAAAUAGCUGCAAAUAUUAUGUUAGAAAGUAUCUUCAGCAUUCUUGGAACCUGGAGUUACAGCAACCUGAGAAGCUUCAUCUUCCAGUUGCAACAGUUUUAUGUUGUUACAAGCGAACCAUGGGUGUUUGAUGGUAGGGAAAUGCUAUGGACGGAGUUAAACUUUGGCCGAGAGCAGGUGAAUGAUCUGCUGCUAAAAUAUAUGAGGGAAAUUGCUCUUCCUUUCCUUGCACCUGAAGAUGCAAAAGCAUCGCGGGAGGACGUAGUAAUAAAAAAUAAAGUAGCUCUGGGGCUCACCAUUCUCACAGUAGUUGAAAUACUUGGGCUUCCAGUAUUUAAAAACGAUCUGGCUAACCUGUGUAGCCUCCUGUGCUUGGAUAAUGUGCCACAACAAGCCAUACAGGAUGAGAUUCACAAUAUCAGAAAGGCUUUUCCACGACCUGCUGAUUGGAAGUUAUGGCUGACAAACUUGUGCCAGAGAUGCAUUGAUGAGCAAGUAGACCACUGGGUGUGGAUUCUUCCUCUUCUGCAUUUCUUUGGUGCCCCUUUGCAGCGUGACCAAUUGCCGAUGGAAGAAGAUGCCUGGGCAGGGCUGGAAGGGAUUCCAUUUGCUGAAACAAGGAAGAAGCAAGAUCCGAGGACCCUACUACAACUAAUGAAAGCAAAGAAAUACUUGAUGGGAUUAGAUAAGACUCUGGUCAAGUCCUGGAUCUGUGUGCUGCCCCUGGAGAGCCUGGCUGAAUUUAUAGAAGACUUCUCCAAUGAUUUGUUAUUCAUUCUUCAAGGUGUUUCUUACAGAUUGGAGAACACUGACCUUUUGUGGACCACUCCUCAGGUUGUAAAGAACCUUCUAGAGAUGCUGCUGCGUACCUUGGAUGAGAAACAGGCCAGGGCUCUGGAAGCUCACUCCUGGCAGUCCUGCUUGGCCUGUUGCCUUAAGCUGCACAAGAGGAUCUGCAAGCACAUGAAGUGGGGGAGGUUGUUCACCGUUCCUGUCGCUUCUACCAUGGUGCUUUCAAAGGUUGCCAGACUUCAGCCCACAGCAGUUCCAAGAGAUGCUGUGCAAGAACUUCCAGUGGUGGAAGUAUUCACUGAAGCUCUGAGAGACACUCGAACCUGGUUCAGAAAUGCUUUAAAAGGGAAGUUAGUGAAACAACACUCGGAGUACGUGAUGUUCUCUUUUCCUUGGGAACUUCAGGCCUGGGAUGAAUUUGUAAAGAUCAGCUUUCCAGAUGAACAGUUCACUGUGAGGUGGAAGACAACUUUACUUGAGGAUCUGGAGAGAAGAAUUCAGGAGGAGCCUCCAGUGAGCCAAAUCUUGGUCUACUGCUGUCAGUACUACCGAUUUCCAGAGCUUGACUCUUCCAUUGACCAGUGCUUCUGUAAAUGUGCCACAGAGGCUGUAACUGCAGCUUGCCAGACUCAGAGCAAUCUCCUUGAGAAGAUCUCAUCCUACAACUUGGACAGAUUCAGCCAGCUUGUAUCAACGAUCAUUGUGAAGUCGUGGCCAGCCAGGAGCAAACAGAUUAAGGAUGAUUUUGAUGAGAUUUUGCACCAUGUGCUCACGUGGCCUGACAUCAAACGUGUCUUCAGCUUUAGUGGAACAAACACAAAGCUUCUAGAAAAACUUACAGAUGAGGCAAAGAACGUGAUGGUCAUCGCAGACUCUGUGUUCAUGAGUGUCACCGAUGACAUCCAGAGUGGGAGUAUCCUUGUGAAACAUCUGGAAGAGAUUUUCCAGCAUGAAGAACAGUUCAUCUCGAUCUGUGAGAUAAAAAACCAGCAGCUGUUACCUGAAGGCAAAGAACUGCUUCGGAGAGGACUGAAAGAUUUGCUGCGGAGGAGGCAAGAAGAAGUUACACUUGUCAGAAAAGAGAAAAAAGCUAUAGGAACCUUUCUGAGCAUGUGUAGGAAGGUGCAGACAUCUGUGAAAGUGAAUGUAGGUGAAGUGGAAUUUCAACAUUUGGAAGAUCUUCGCUUAAAAAGACUAAACAGAGUAGUGAAUGUGGGAAAGGCACACCUACAGACCUACUACAGCUUGAGCCCAAAGCUGAAAGAAUUUGCGCAGAAAAUGCACACUUUUAAGGACAGCCUGAUCUUCCAGCAGUUCUGGGAGGAAGCAGCACAGGAGGCAAGACGGGAGUGUGAAAGUUCGGAAGAGGAGGAGGAUGAUGACAUUGUUUAUGUGUUGGACCUUGAUGAUGUUUUCGGUGCUCUGAUCAGCCCUUGUUUUGAGAGCUAUCAAAGGCUGUGUGAUGAUCUCAGAGCUGGAAGUCUCACGCUUUCUGCAGUUGAUAAAAUUUUUCAGGAAUUCACAAAUCGUCCUGAAGAUAUCAAAACUGAACUAAAUAUCAUGUGUGAGCUUAGCCCUGGAGAAGACAGAGGUUGGGUCAAUCAGCGAUUUUGGCAGAUCCAGCAAUACCAUGAAAUGCAUUUAACUUUUGAUGCUGCGAAGAUCAUUGCCAAUGUCAAAGAGAGUUUAAACCUCUCUGGCGACUUCAGUGUCCUGGAGAACUUGCUGCACAUAACAGAAAAACUUGAAUCAUACAAGACACAAAAGCUGGAUUCCAUCAGCCCUGAGCUUAUGCACGCCAAGAGACUGCUGCAGGGGGUCACUGUGAACCGUCGUGGGUGUCUGAAGGAGCUGGCCCAGCAAAAGGAGUUUGUCUGCUGGGUCAGGGAAGCACUGAAAGGUAUAAAUGAGCUGAAGGUAUUUGUGGACUUGGCAUCCAUCUCUGCUGGGGAGAACGACAUGGAUGUGGACCGUGUGGCAUGUUUCCAUGACACCGUGCAUGGCUACUCUUCCCUGCUCUAUGAGCUUAGGCAAGACUCAGGGUUUGAUGACUUCAUGCAGUGCUUGAAGAAGUUGUGGCGAGCCCUGGACAGUGAUGAGAAUCUUCCCAAGAAACUGCGUGCUUCAGCUCAACACUUGGAGUGGUUGAAAACAGUGAAAGAGAGCCAUGGGUCUGUGGAGCUGUCGUCACUGUCACUGGCAGCUGCCAUCAACAGCAGAGGAAUAUAUGUUCUCAGAGCACCAGCCGAUGGCCAAAAGGUCUCUUUGGACAGUGUCCUGCGCUUCACCCUCCCGGGGAGCUCUGGGGAUGAUGAGGCGUCAUGGACAUACUCCCUGGCAGAGCUCCGUGAGCUGCAGAACAAGCUGAUGCUCAUGUCAGCAAAGGGAGAGCAAGGCUUGGAGGUGGAGAAGUUCUCUGAGAUCUUUUUCAAUGUCCAAAGACUUGCACAGGCCUUUAUAGACCUUUACUCAGCUGGGAACAUGAUCUUCCGCUCCUGGCUUGCCCAUGUGUAUUGCUCACCCAAAAGAGAAUCGUGUGUUCUCAUGGACUUCUCUUUGGGACCAAUCCCAGUGCUAGAAGCACAAGGAGAUAUGGCAGCUGUGCUCCCAGGCCUCUGCAAGACGAUGGAGAGCUUCCUGGAGAGUUGGAAGAGCUUCAUGUAUGAGAAACGACUGCAGCAUUUCUACCUGAACUACUACACUGCAGAGCAGCUGGUGUAUUUGUGCACGGAGCUGGGGCAGGGGGCACUCAGCCACAAUGCCCUCAUGAUGCUUUCCUUCCUGAAACAUGACUGCACUGAGGAGGAUGUCCUUAGAGCCUUGGGGAACGAGGUGCCUCCCAGCUCAAGGAAGGCUAUUUCUGACUUCCGAGUGAUGCAGGAUGGGGGGAAGGAUCUGACUGCACAGCUGGAGUACAUCUGGGAGUGCUACAUGAGCAACAUGGGCUCCUUCCUUCCCAACUGCCUGGAUAUCGACACGUUGGGUGGGUGGCUCAAGAACCUGGCCAGCUGGGAGAGAGAGCAGGUCACAAGAGACUUCCCCCAGGAUCUCCUGUAUGUUGGUCAGCCCAACCUCAUCACAUGCCCUCGCUCUGAGGUGCUCACAUCUGCUCUGGCUAUUUACAUGAACAGCCCCAACCAGCCCCUUCCCACCUUUGAUGAAGUUCUCCUGUGCACUCCUCAGACCACUGCUGAGCAAGUGGGGCUCUUCCUCAGGAGGUGUCUCAUUCCCUGCAGCAGAGGAGAGAAAAUCUACACCAUGCUGUACGCAGAUGAGCUGAGCUACGACGUGAGCUGCAGAGCAGAGGAGCUCUUCCAGCACCUGCAGCACUACAACAGCACCUAUCGCCUCAUCAUUCUGUGCAACUGCGAGAGGGAGCACAGCUACAUCCCUUCUGUCUUCAGCCAGUACAAAGUGCACAUGAUACCCCAGAGGCCGCUGCCUGAAAUCCAGCAGUACCUUCAGCACCACUACAGAGUUGCUCAGCCCUCGGUCUCAGCUGCUUCUGUGUUCAAGGACAACAUGUGUGUUGGGAUUGUGUCCUCCAAAAGAGCUGGUGUGGGGAAGUCUCUGUAUGUGAAGAGGCUACAUGAGAGACUGCAGGAAGAGCAGCCUGACUGUACAAAACUUCUGAAAACCAUCAGACUCAUUGAGCCAGAAGUGGAUGAAGACAAAGUGCUAAAAUCUCUUCUGCCUUUUCUGAAGAGAAAACACCAGACAAAGCCCAUGAUAUUCCAUUUUGAUAUCACCUCUUCAGUGCAAAGUGGAAUUCCAGAGUUUCUCUUCAAGCUGUUGGUUUUGCAGUACCUGACAGAUAAUAAUGGAAACAUGUGGCUACGACAGAAGUGCCAUUUGUAUAUCAUUGAAAUCCUUGAGGUAUCACCAGUGCCAAAGAAAGCAGCAAGACACAAGUCAGCAAGCCAGAAUUAUAAUUUCUUUGAUGUGUUCCCUAAAGUAACAUGCAAGUCCCCCAAGGAAGUACUGGAAAUGGAGACACUUGGGAACCAGUCUGGGGAUGUUUCGGACCCAGGAAUGGACGAGGAGGAGUUUUGCAGUGAGGCUUUCCAGAGACCUUUCCAGUAUCUGAAAAGAUUUGACCAGGGGCACAACCUGGACACGUUCUGUUACACAGCACACUCUGUGGAAGGGAGCCCAGCAGAAUGCCUGCAGCAGUUCCUCCUGCACUGUGGGAUCACAGAUCCCUCCUGGUCAGAACUCCGAAACUUCACCUGGUUUCUCAACAUCCAAUUGAGAGAUUGUGAAGCUUCUGUCUUCUGCAACCCUGACUUUGUCCAGGACACUUUGCAAGGUUUCAAAAACUUUGUCGUUAGCUUCAUGAUUUUAAUGGCAAGGGAUUUUGCAACACCCUCCCUAAACAUUUCUGAUCAGAGUUCAGGAAGGCAAUCCUCCAACCUGGAGAACGUUGCAGAAGAAGAUCUUCUUCCUUUCCGCAUUCGGAAAAAGUGGGAGUCUGAGCCUCAUCCGUACUUGUUUUUCAAUGAAGAUCGUGUGUCAAUGACAUUCAUUGGUUUCCACUUCCAGCCUGAUGGCAGACAGGGUGUUGAUGCCAUUAAUCCUUUGAAUGGCAACGUUAUCAAGAGAAAUGUCAUGACUUCACAGCUGUACAAUGGCUUGUUACUCCAGAGAGUUCCCUUCAAUAUUCCGUUUGAUCAGUUGCCUCGUCAUGAGAAGCUAGAGAGGCUUUGCAUGGUUUUGGGAAUCCCCUGGGUGAUAGACCCUGAUGAGACAUACGAACUCACAACAGACAAUGUGCUAAAGAUCCUGGCUAUUGAGAUGCGAUUCAGAUGCAACAUCCCAGUGGUGAUCAUGGGAGAAACAGGCUGUGGGAAAACCAGACUCAUCAAGUUCCUGUGCAAGUUACGCAGAAGCUGUGUGGAGGUGGAGAACAUGAAGCUUGUAAAGGUUCACGGGGGUACUACUGCAGAGAUGAUUUAUGCCAGGAUCAAAGAAGCAGAAGCCCUUGCUAAAACCAACAAGGAGCGGCAUGGGUUGGACACAGUCCUCUUUUUUGAUGAAGCCAACACAACAGAGGCUAUAAGCAGCAUCAAGGAAGUCCUGUGUGACCGCACCGUGCAGGGGAAGCCUUUGGUCUCUGGCUCUGGCCUGCAGAUCAUAGCAGCCUGUAACCCUUAUCGGAAGCACACGCCAGAGAUGAUUCAGCGCCUGGAAUUAGCUGGAUUGGGCUACCGUGUCAAAGCAGAUGAGACAAAGGAUAAGCUCGGUUCUAUUCCACUGAGACAGCUUGUGUACCGGGUCCACGCACUCCCACCCAGCAUGAUCCCAUUGGUGUGGGAUUUUGGGCAGCUGAACAGCUUAACUGAAAAAAUGUACAUACAGCAGAUUGUCCAGAGAGUAACUGAGCACGUCCCCAUGGGGCAGAGUGAGGCAGAGCUCAUUACAGAGGUGCUCUUUACUUCCCAGCGAUACAUGAGGCAGAGGGACGACGAGUGCAGCUUUGUCAGCCUGCGGGAUGUGGAACGCUGCAUGGAAGUGUUCAGGUGGUUUUACAAGCGCAGUAAACUCCUGCUGAGGGAGCUGGAGAAGUAUCUUGCUGAGAAGAGGUCUCCAAAGAGCACUGUUGAGAGAAACAACAUUAUCUGGUCCUUAGUGCUGGCAGUUGGGGUCUGCUAUCAUGCAUCCCUGGAAAAGAAGGAGGCGUAUAGGAGUGCCAUCAGCCAGGUCCUUCCAAAACCUUACGAUACGCAGAAAAAGAUUUUGGAAGAAAUCUCCCUGAUGCAGGACUUGUUCCUGAGUGGUGUGCACCUCCGAGAUACCAUAGCAAGAAACCUGGCCUUGAAGGAAAAUGUCUUCAUGAUGGUCAUCUGCAUUGAGUUGAAAAUCCCUCUUUUUCUUGUUGGGAAGCCUGGGAGUUCCAAAUCCCUUGCGAAAACCAUUGUGGCUGAUGCUAUGCAGGGCCAGGCAGCCUAUUCAGAUUUGUUCAAGGACCUGAAGCAGAUCCAUCUAGUGUCUUUCCAGUGCAGCCCUCUGUCCACCCCAGAGGGAAUCAUAGGCACUUUCAAGCACUGUGCUCGAUUCCAGGAAGGGAAGAACUUGGAGGAGUAUGUCUCAGUGGUGGUUUUGGAUGAGAUUGGGCUGGCUGAAGACUCUCCCAAAAUGCCCCUGAAGACUUUGCAUCCGCUUUUGGAAGAUGGCUGCAUAGAUGAUGUCCCUCUUCCCCACAAAAAGGUUGGUUUCGUUGGGAUUUCCAACUGGGCUUUGGACCCUGCUAAAAUGAAUCGAGGCAUCUUUGUCUCACGUGGUGACCCCAGCAGAGAAGAGCUCAUAGAGAGCGCCAAGGGGAUUUGUUGCUCAGCACGAGGGGCUCUGCAGAAGGUCGAACAGUACUUCUGUCACUUUGCAGAUGCAUAUGAAAAUAUUUGCAAGGCCCAAGACAGGGAGUUCUUCGGUCUGCGUGACUACUACAGCCUCAUAAAGAUGUUCUUUGCCUUAGCGAAGAGCUCUAAGAGUGAGCCGACGCUUCAGGACAUAGCCAAAGUUGUUCUUCGGAACUUCGGUGGCAAAGAUGAUGUCAAUGCCUUGGAAAUAUUCACUUCACAGUUACCAGAAAAAGGAGAAAUACACGCUCAUGAUAUCAGUAGAAUUGAGCUGGUACGACAGAACAUUUACAGCAGUGGUGAGGAUGGUGACAGCAGGUACCUGCUUGUUUUGACCGAGAACUACGCAGCGCUGCAGAUCCUCCAGCAAGCCUUCUUUACUGCCCGACAACAGCCGGAAAUUAUCUUUGGCUCCAGUUUCCCUAAGGACCAGGAGUAUACCCAGAUAUGCAGGAACAUCAACCGGGUGAAGGUCUGCAUGGAAACUGGCCAAAUGGUUGUGCUCCUCAACUUGCAAAACCUCUAUGAAAGCCUCUACGAUGCCCUCAAUCAGUACUACGUGUACCUGGCUGGCCAGAAGUAUGUUGAUCUGGGGCUGGGCACCCACCGGGUGAAGUGCCGAGUGCACCCCAAGUUCCGGCUGAUAGUCAUCGAGGAGAAGGAUGUGGUCUAUGAGCACUUUCCCAUCCCACUGAUCAACAGGCUGGAAAAGCACUACCUGGAUCUCAGUACUGUCCUAGACAAGGGGCAAAGAGAAACUGUAAAAGAGCUGAAGAAGUGGGUGCACGAGUUCACUGCAGCCAAUAUAGAAGAGCACUUCAUAAGCAAGCAGAAAUACAGCCCUUCUGAUGUGUUUGUGGGCUAUCACUCCAAUACCUGUGCCUCCGUGGUGCUGCAGGUGACGGAAAGGCUGAAACCAGCAUGUCCUCCCAGUGAGCUCAUGUCCUGUGUGAAGAGAGAAGCCCAGCUGGCACUGCUGAACUGCGCCACCCCGGACUCCGUCAUCCGCCUCUGCAGCUCGGUGCGCUGCUUCAUGGCAGAUUCUCUGGCCAACACCUACUUCAAGCAGCAGCAGCACACAUCCUUUGCAGACUUCCUCCGAGCUCACGUCCAUGCUGGGGCUGAGAACCAGAUGGUCUUUACAGAGGUCACCACCUUCUCAAGGCUUCUCACCAGUGCUGAUGCUGCUUGUCUGGAGAGAGAAGUGCAGGGUAAAGCACAAAGGCCCCAAAUCCUGUUUCUGCAGCAGUUUGACACAGAGUACUCCUUCCUGAAGGGCAUCCGAGAUUUCCUUGAUGCUGCAACAGGAAAUAAAGUCCUUAUUAUUCAGACAGACUUUGAAGAUGGCUCUCAAAAUGCCCAGCUCAUCGCUUCAGCCAGAUACACUGUUGUUAAUGAAAUCAACAAGGUGGAUCUGGGAGAAGUCUCUGUCUUUGUCUACUUUAUUAUGAAGCUUUCCCGGGUGGAAGGGGGAACAUCCUACGUGGGAUUCCAUGGAGGACUGUGGCAGUCGGUGCACAUUGACGAUCUCCGCAGAUCCAAGGACAUGAUCUCUGAUAUGACAGCCCUGCAGAACCUCACCAUCAGCCAGAUGUUCUGUGAGGAUUCGGGUAAAACCAGAGUUGCAGCUCUGCCUGUGAAUGGAGAACAACAGGAGGAAAGUGAGGUGGAGGUUGAAACACCAGUGCCAGAAGCAGAGCACUAUGAGGGGGAAAUCCUGGACACCACUGUACUCCUGAGGACCUGUGUACAAAGUGCUGUGGGGAUGCUACGGGACCAAAAUGAAGAUCUUAGUCGAAGCAGAAAGCGAAUUAAGAUCCUCCUUGGCCUUCUGUCCAAAGAGGAUCACUUGAAAGCCUCUUUCCUGAAGAUAACCAAGGCUCGUCUCGCCAACCUUUUGAAGAAGCAAGAAGAAAAUUCCCUUGACCCCAAAAACUGGGUGCUUCGGGAGGCUUCCAACCUCAGUGCUCUCCAGGAGGCAGGCACCUUCAGGCACACCUUGUGGAAGCGAGUCCAGAACGUGAUCACUCCCAUCCUGGCUCUCCUGAUUGCUGUCAUAGACAGGAAUGGCAAUCUGGAGCUGCUGGUCAGGCCGGCUGCUGAGUGGGUGACAAAGCUGUGGAUGUUCAUCUUCAGUGAUACCAGACUCCUGACUGUCCCUUUUGGUGUGGGCAAGAACAGCUCGCAGCCAGAGAUAAUUCUGGUGCAGAACAACAUGGUGGUGUCUGCUGAUGCUGGGAAUGAGAUGCCCUUCAGCUGGAGGAUAAAGGAGUACUUGGAUGAGAUGUGGUUGGAAGCUCAAUACAUCCAAAACACUGAAGACCAUGCUGAGAAGUUUGUGGAUAUUUUCCAGAAAACUGCACUGGGAAAAUUUCUCUCUGCUCUGACCGAGGAAGAAAGGCAGAUGCUCUUCCAGUGCUAUAUCACUGACUUCAUUGUCUUGACCAUUGGUGUGUCCUCUGCAGAGGAGCUGCAGUGCCUGCGGUUUGCCUUCGUAUCCUGUGUAGAGGAACUGAAAGCAGCAUCUCCCAGGAGAGCGGAGACGGUGCCAUCCUUGCCUUGGGUGCACCUGGGAUACAAUCGGUUCAAGAGCCGCCUGCAGAACCUAGCCAGGAUCCUGGCUGUACACCCCCAUGUGGUUGGCUACCUUGGUAUCCAGAAAGGAUAUGGAAGACCACAUUCAGAGAUGGUUUUGGAUGUGUUGGCUGCGAUGGUAUGUGCUGAAGAGCUGGAGAGUCAAGUGCAGACAGACCCCCCUGAGAUCUGGCUGCAGAAAGUGAAGAAUCUUCGUAUGCCCAUUGAGUUUCUGUGUAAAGAGAAGGUUUUACAGAGGAGUGGGAGUCAGUGCCAUCAGCUGCUGAAAGAACUUAAAGUCUGCUGGAACCGGGUUUUCUCCAUGUCUCUGUUUGUGGAACACGUGUUGCUUGGCAUAAACACUCUGAUGCCAGAAUUGGAGGAUUUAGUGAAAAAAUACACUUUGCUUCUUGCCAAGUGUUUUCAGCACGAUUCAGACAUGAAGACCCAUCCAACUUUUGUGGCAGUGAUGAGAGUGCUGUGCCAAUGUAAAGAAGAAGUCAGCAACGGGCUUUACAGGAACGAUCUGAAGUCCUGCCCGAUCUGCUUUGGAGAGCCGAAGGAUCCCGUCUGCCUGCCGUGCAACCAUGUGUUCUGCCAGAAGUGCAUCAGGAUGUGGCUGGUACCAGCACAGAUGCAUUGUCCAUACUGCAGAGUUGCCCUGGAGGAUGUCAAUUUAAGUGUCUCCAGCGAGCUCAGGGAAGCCAUAGCAAGAAGUGCUCAGUUCCGGCAGAGAUGCAAUAAUUUCUUCAUCGAUGUGGUCACGACCAUGUGCUUCAAGGACAAUGAACCCCCUGAGGCAGAGGUGAUCCAAGAGCUCCUCAAUCUGCUGUUUGUUCACAGAAGUGUCUUGGAAGGUUCAGAUCACCCUACUGUCCACACAAAACUUCUGUCCCCCUUUAAUGAAGAAGUGGAUGAAACUCCCAUCAUCCGCUCAGUGAUGCUGAAGCUCCUCUUGAAGUACAGCUUCAAUGAAGUGAAAAAUGAUGUGCAACACUACCUGUCCCGGGUAGAGCAUGAUGAGAUCCUAGACAAAAAUGAUAAAAAAGAACUCUACUUGCUUUUUGUCAACUGCUUGGAGGAUGCCAUGUGUGAGAAGUCUGAGGGCAGCCUUGGAUAUCAGCAUAUAAACUAUCUGCCUGGAGAUGGAGGCUUUCCAGAGAACUACCUCCCAAGGAACAAUCAAGAAACUUCUCAGGAAUCAUCUGUUGAAUAUCUGCAGGCAGUAGCCAAGGUUCGCUUGUACCUGAGCAAGGCUGCAGAGCUGCUCUUUGGCUUGCACGAGGCCACAGAGCAAGAGCAGGUAGAGGAGAAGCAGCGUUACCUGGCAAACGUGAGGGCCUUCUGUAGCCUCGCCAAGAAUGACUGGCAUCGUGUUUACCUCGUCCGGAAAAUUGCUAGUCACUAUGGGAUGGAAUUUGCUCAGAAGCUUGUCACAGAGGCACAGUUUAACUGGGUGUUCCCAGUGGAAAUUCUGCAGCAGGUACAGAACAGCCAGUCUAAUCACAUCGAUCGCUACCUGGCAUGUGGCGAGAGUUACAGGGUCCUGCGGGAUGCUGUGGGGAAAGCCAUGAUUGAGUGUAAGCCUGAGGGGCUUCUAGAGGCAGAGAAGGCAUCCAGCAGCUCCCCGGCUGUGCAAUCUGUCCAUCUGCUCCUGGCUAUUUUCAGAGAGGUCACUGCCCUCUAUGGACUUAGUGACUCCAGUCUUCAUCCCAAACAGCAGCAAACAGCUGCUAUGAGUGACUUCAUCCGGAACUCCCGAGUCCUGAAUUCUGCAGACCUGCAGGACUUUGCAUCUUCUCUCGUGAUGAAUGCGCUGCCGUCUCUGAGCGUGAACCCUCAGAGCUUCAGCCACCACGGGGCGCUGACUGAAAUGGCUGUUCACACUGCAGCGGUCCUGCUCUGCGGGAGGAGCCCUGUCCUGGGGCCCCUGAGGAAUCUGGCCUUCCACCCGCGCGCCAUGCAGCACUCCUUUCUGCCUACAAUGCCAGAAGAUAUAAUGGCUCAGGCGCGGGCCUGGGAAGGAGUGGCCACUCUGCGCUGGUACAGAUGUCCAAAUGGCCACCCCUGCACUGUAGGAGAGUGUGGGCUCCCCAUGGAAACCAGCCGUUGUGUCGACUGCGGUGCCAGAGUUGGAGGCAAAGCGCACAAACCGCUGCAGGGCUUCCGGGAAUUCCAGAGUAACGAAGACAGAACUCAGACUGGCCACAUACUUGGAGACGUACAACACAGAAAAACCACAGGAGUGUCUGACCGGGACAUGUCCCCAGUUGUCUUUGUUCUGACACGUUUGCUCACGCAUCUGACGAUGUUCCUGGGAGCCACAAAAGAUCCUCAGUCAUUGCAGAACAUUAUCAAGCCACCAGUGCACAACUCGGUGAGUUUCCUGCAGCAGCACAUUGAGGAGGACCUGGCACAGCUGACAAAGAUCCUGGGGAAGAGUGUGGAUGAGACUGUCAGCAUCUUUCACCUUGUCCUCAGCAGCCUUCUCAAGGACCCCCAUCAGCACCCAGGCCAGUGGCCAGUUCAGUUUGAUGAUGUGCUCUCCACCAAGAACGAUAGAAACACAUGGGAAAAAAUUGUUGCAAAAACAAUUAUUGUUCCUGAAUUGGAGGAUUUGGAUAAAAAACUUCUGAAAUUAAAUAGACAAAUACAAGAGGAUGAGAGAAUUUCUUCCAAUCCAAUAGUGAAAAUCGUGUACGGUGAUCCAGCCACCUUCCUGUCCCAGCUGCCAAGGGACAGUCGCAUACAUCACUCCAAGAUGUGGAGCUGCCGAAAGAGGAUUUCAGUGGAGAACCUGGGCCAUGUGGUCCAGCAAAAGAAUGCCAAGGACAGUGUCCCUCUGCUUUGGAAGUUUCUGCAGAAGGAAACAGAACUGAGGCUGGUUAAGUUCUUGCCAGAGAUUCUGGCUCUGCAGAGAGACUUGGUGAGGCGAUUUCAGAACACUGCUGAUGUCAAACACGGCUCCAUCAGAGACUUCCUCAACGAACCCCUCUCAGAUGUGAUGAGGGACCUGUUACAGAGGAGAGUGAAUGUGUUUCUGUCUGUCUGGAACAAGCUGAGAAGCUCACUGGACACCAAUGGAGAAAUUAAGCUUCCUAAAGGCUACUGUGAUGCUGACCUGACCCUGGACAGCAAGCUUGAGGUCCUUCUGCCACGUCGACAGGGGCUGGGCCUCUGCUCCACAGCCUUAGCCAGUUACCUCAUUAGUCUGCACAAUGACUUCAUCCACUCAGUGAACAAGCACAUCAAGGAAGAUGACAGGUACUUGAUCAGUCCAUCAGAAGUGGCUGACCUGCACUUGAUCAGUUAUGAGGUUGGGAAAGACCUGAUUCCUCUGAUCCUCUCCAACUGCCAGUACAGCAUGGAGAAGGGAGGGGAGACGUUGCAGGACUUUGAUUUGGAGAAGAUCCAGCAGCAAGUCAUCAGCAAGUUCCUGCAGGGGAAACCACUCAUCACCCUAACGGGAAUACCCACCCUCGUGUACAGACGUGAUCGGAAUUAUGAACAGCUCUUUAAUGAUGUCAGGAACAAGGUGGAUCAGAGUCCUCUCCCCACUUCUGUGAUGAACAUGAUCAGUGGGGAACUACAGUCUUACAGUGAUGUCUGUGAUGCUCUGUCUGUCACUGAAAUUACCCUGGGGUUCCUGGCCAUGGCUGGAGAGAAUGCAGAAAUGCUUCUGACUGACUACAUCGAGAAAGUUCUGCACAUGGGUGAUCAGAUAAACCCUCAUGUACUGCAGGCCCUUAGACGAUGCCACCUAAAGCACAACAUAGCCCUGUGGCAGCUUCUCUCUACCCGCAAAUCUGAGCAGCUUCUGCGCCUCAAAAGGGACCCUUUUGUGGAUGUCAGUGCUGCGUACAAAGCUGAGCUCAGCCCAGAGACCGCCAAGCUCCUCACCACCUUCCUUGUAAACUCAAGGCUGGAAACCUUCCUGCAGGAGCUCCAUGAAAUGAUCGUCUUGAAGCUGAGAUGUGUCCAAGCUGUGGAUGAAUUCAGACCCCAGUGGGGCCUGAAGGAAACGCUCCUGCCUUAUCUUGAUGCAAAAGAGUCUGAGUUAGCUACAGAGCUCCAAGAGCUGUUCCCGGAUGAGAUUUGUCUCUCUCACGCUACUGCUACAUGGAAAGCGGCUGCUCUCUUCAAAAGGGAGCGCAGGGAGAGCUAGGACCAGCAGCACCGACCUGCCUCCUCCACAGGGAGCUUUACUGCCACAACACCCCGUGUUGGUGACAUUCCACAGCCUCCGUGGCUGCGUUCUCUGGGUUUGGAUUCUUUACUAACUUCAGUACCACGGGGCUGGUGCAGAGAGAUCAGUGUUUGUGCAUCAGGAACCUGGCGCCUCUUGAAGGCAUCACCAAAACAACCUGAUGAAGAUGAAGGAUUUUUACAGAGCAUCAUUCCCUGUGCUGGGGAUGGGGUUUGCACUCUCCUUUCUCCUCUCCCCUCGCUCUCAUGGAGCUGCGCCCUCCGCAGAGGGACCAAGCGGAACCACGGACCGACCCUGCUCCUUCGCUGCCUUAACUCCGGCCCGGGCUGCGCCGGCUGCUCCCCGGGGCCGGCCCCCCCCGCCCCGGAGCUCUUUCCCAAUAAAGCUCCUUCUCGCUCC